AUGAUGGAGCCCCAGGUGGCGGACCUCGAGGAUGACAGCAUCAACUUCUGGGCUUCCCUCGGUGUCAGCCCCCACGUGGACCAGAUGCCGCUGCACAGCGUCCAGAUCGUCGACCACCAAGCUCAGCCACCGCUGGCGGCGGCGGCGGCGGCGGCACAGCCGCAGUCCGUCUGUAGGGACCUCUUCCCGGUGGAGUCCGACGCCUGCCUGGAGCCUCGGCUGGGGAUGGAGUUUGAGUCCGGUGAGGCUGCCAAGACCUUCUACAUUGCUUAUGCUGGCCGUGUUGGGUUCUCCGUUCGCAUUGCCCGGUCACGCAAGUCUAAGUGCAGUGAGUCCAUUAUCAUGCUAAGAUUUGUGUGCUCAAGGGAAGGGUUCAGUAAGGAGAAACGUGUCGUCGCGGCUGGGAAGAAGACGAGGAAGCGCGCUGCCUCCAUCAGGGAGGGUUGCAAUGCCAUGCUCGAGGUGCUCCGCAGAGGUGAUAGCAAGUGGAUUGUUACCAAGCUUGUCAAGGAGCACAAUCAUGAGGUUGGGCUGCCCAGUCGAGUGCAGUAUAUCGCCAUCGAGAGUGAUACUGUGGUUGACCCUUACAUUGGUAUGGAAUUCGAGUCCCUUGAGUCCGCCAAGACAUUCUACUACUCGUAUGCCAGCCGUGUGGGUUUUGAAGCUCGUGUACGUCAGUCCCGCAAGUCGCAAGAUGAGUCACUUAAGAUGCUGAAGCUUGUGUGCUCUAGGCAUCGAUACCAUUCAGGGCGGGAGAACAAUGGAGAGGAUACCAAGAGAGUACGUGCAUUGGACCCCUCGAGGGAUGGUUGCGAUGCAUUGUUUGAGAUAAUUCGGAAGGGAAAAGAUACCUGGACGGUCUCCAAACUCAUCCUAGAGCAUACCCAUGAGCUGAACCCAGCACCAGCAAGCAAAGUUCACUGUGUUCGGUCACAAGAGUUGAACCGAGGAAUGGCAGCUGCUGUUGCCAAGGUAUUACCCAAUACCCGCCAUAUUUUCUGUGAAAAACAUAUCUUAGACACAAUGAAGGAGGAUCUACAUGGUACGUUCCCAGAUCCAGAGGCUUUCGUAACUGAUCUAAGGAAGUGCAUUGAUGGGUCCAGAAUAGAAGAACUGUUUGACUCAGGUUGGAACUCGGUCAUCAUAAAGCAUGAGCUCAGCAACAAUGAGCUUUUACAGUCUCUCUAUGAUAUUCGCCAACAAUGGGCCCCGGCAUACACAAAAAAGGCAUUUUAUCCUAGAAACCUGAUGCCAACAACAUGUGGAAGUAUCAAGAAGGCUAUUGAGAAGUACUUUUCGUCCAAGACUGAAUUGCGGGUGGCAGUUUGGCAACUUGGACAGGCAAUUUCUAGUUCAUUUGAAGCUGAAGUUCAGGCGGAUUAUUUCACAAUGUUUCAAAUGCCAGCGUUGAGUACAGCCUCACCAGUAGAAAAACAAGGGAGUUCAAUAUUCACUAGCACAAUAUUUGCCUUAUUUCAGGGGCAGUUUAUUGAUUCUUUUGGGUACCAUGCAGAGAGACUUGAUGAUGAUACAGUACACAAGUAUCGUGUCAAGAGAUAUGAAGGUGAUGAGGAGAUACAUAUCGUCUAUUUCAAUCCCGAUCGAAGCACGGUGAAUUGUAGUUGCUGCCUGUUUGAGAGCUGUGGUAUCUUGUGCAGGCAUGCUCUCCGGAUUUUCAUUAUUGAAGGAGUACGGGACCUUCCAAAGGCUUAUAUCCUGAAACGUUGGACAAAGCAUGCAAAAAAUAUUGUCACCGCUGAUAACUACACUGAUCUGAGGGGAGACCGUGAGGAUCCUUCCACUGCAAGGUUCAAUGAUUUGUGCUGUCAUGUGGUAAAAUUUGCAAAAGAAGGUUCAAAAUCCUCUGAAAUCUAUGCAGUCGCUAAAGAUGCACUGUCCAUGGCUUUUGAUGAGGUAGUACAGUCGUCGAAGAACUUUAGAGGGCAGCAAAAUCUGCAAAGCUAUACAAUGUCACUGAAAAGGCCAAUCAAGAAGUUUGGUAAGGCCAAAGAUUCCUCCGUUAAAAGCUCAAAGAGGUCAGCAUCUAAAAAUCCACUCAUGGAGAGUGAUGAUGUUAGAUGA